GACCGCCAAAAAGAAGAAUACUACUUUCUCUCUCGCUCUCUUUCUCUGUAUAAAUAAACAAACUCUCUACUUCACAAUUCAGAAUCAAAACAACACAACGCAACGCAACGCAAAAUCUCUAUCUUUUUUUCUCUGCUAAAUCUUAACCUUCAUUUUCGGUUAUUCGCUUCGAAACUCGGAACGAAGAAAGAAGCAAUAGCAGCAUCAGCAUCAACAUCAACACUUGGUGAAAAUUCGCAUCGUUCAGAUUUCACUCUCUCUACAUAACAACCCAGCUGUAGUUUGACGUAUUGAACAAGACUUGUCUAGUCUGUCUCCUUGCUUUCAGCAUCAGCUGAUUUUCGAGGGGAAAGAAGUUAAGCUGUAACUGAAAUUGAUAUUCAAUUUCAAUGGUGGGGUUCCAGAGUGAACAUAUGCCUGGAAACAAGUGUAAUGGUAAUUAUAAUAGUGGUUCCAGAGUUGAACGACUUGUGAGAGUAAGAGAACAAAGAAAAAGUAUCAAGGCAUCAUCACCUGAUAUUGUUGUUAUUAACAAUAAUAACAAUAUUAAUAGCAAUAAUAAUAAUAAUAAUAAUGUUAAUAAUAACUAUAAUGAUAGUGAAAAACAUGUGGUUACUGAAUCUUUUGAGCAUGACCUAAGCUUAAAAGAAUGUAAUAACUCUGGUGCUUCCCAUUUUGAACGAUUCCUGGAAGGUGCUGCAGCAGCAAAGGCUCUUAGUAAUGGAUAUGAAAGGGAAGAUGGAAAACCUGUUAGACAACGGCUUUUGGUUGUGGCUAAUAGAUUGCCAGUUUCAGCUGUUAGGAAAGGCGAGGAUUCUUGGUCUCUGGAGAUCAGUGCUGGCGGCUUGGUCAGCGCUCUUUUAGGUGUGAAGGAUUUUGAAGCGAGGUGGAUAGGUUGGGCCGGUGUCAAUGUGGCGGAUGCGGUUGGACAGAAGACACUCACUGAAGCAUUAGCUGAAAAGAGGUGUAUCCCAGUAUUUCUUACUGAAGAGAUUGUUCAUCAGUACUAUAAUGGCUAUUGCAAUAACAUUUUGUGGCCCCUUUUUCAUUACCUUGGACUUCCACAAGAAGAUCGUCUAGCGACAACACGUGGAUUCCAGUCUCAGUUUGAUUCGUAUCAGGUGGCAAACCAAAUGUUUGCUGAUGUUGUAAAUCAGGUCUAUGAAGAGGGAGAUAUUGUUUGGUGUCAUGAUUAUCAUCUCAUGUUUCUACCUCAAUGCUUAAAGAAAUUUAACAGCAAAAUGAAAGUUGGUUGGUUUCUCCAUACCCCAUUUCCAUCUUCUGAAAUUCAUAGGACACUGCCAUCUCGUUCAGAACUCUUGCGUGCAGUUCUUGCUGCUGAUUUGGUCGGUUUCCACACAUACGAUUAUGCACGACACUUUGUUAGUGCGUGUACUCGCAUUCUUGGACUUGAGGCCACACCAGAAGGGGUUGAGGAUCAAGGGAAACUGACUCGAGUUGCUGCGUUUCCAAUUGGUAUAGACUCGGAUCGAUUCAUACGUGCACUUGACCAUCCUCAAGUCCAAGCUCCAUUCAAAGACUUAGUAGAAAGAUUUAAAGGCAGAAAGGUAAUGUUAGGUGUUGAUCGCCUUGAUAUGAUUAAAGGAAUUCCUCAAAAACUUCUUGCUUUUGAAAAAUUCUUGGAAGAGAAUGAGGAUUGGCGAGAAAAGGUCGUUCUGCUUCAAAUUGCUGUGCCAACAAGAACAGAUGUUCCCGAGUAUCAAAAGCUUACAAGCCAAGUUCAUGAAAUUGUUGGCCGCAUCAAUGGCAGAUUUGGAACACUGACUGCUGUUCCUAUACAUCACCUGGACCGCACUCUUGACUUUAACGCACUGUGUGCUUUGUACGCUGUUACAGAUGUUGCACUUGUCACGUCUUUGAGGGAUGGAAUGAAUCUUGUCAGUUACGAGUUUGUAGCCUGUCAAGAAAAAAAGAAGGGGGUUCUCAUUCUUAGUGAAUUUGCUGGUGCUGCGCAGUCUCUUGGGGCUGGGGCACUUCUGGUCAACCCCUGGAACAUCUCAAAAGUUGCCGAAGCAAUUGCCAAAGCUCUGAACAUGCCAUCAGAAGAGAGAGAGAAGAGACAUAGGCACAACUUCCAUCAUGUAACAACCCACACUGCGCAGGAAUGGGCAGAAACUUUUGUUAGCGAGCUAAAUGAUACUGUUGUUGAGGCACAGUUAAGGACAAAACAAGUUCCACCACGGCUCGAUACCAGAAAGACAAUUCAACAAUAUCUGAAGUCAACUAAUCGAUUGCUUAUUUUGGGAUUCAAUGGAACUUUAACUGAGCAAGUUGAGAGAAAAGGUGAUCAACUGAAAGAAAUGGAACUCUCGGUGCAUCCAGAAUUGAAACAACCAUUGACACAACUUUGCAAUGACCCAAAUACUACAGUUGUCGUUCUUAGUGGAAGUGGUAGAACACUUCUAGAUGAAAACUUCAAAGAAUACAACACUUGGCUAGCAGCAGAGAAUGGGAUGUUUUUAAACCCUUCAAAUGGAGAAUGGAUGACUACAAUGCCAGAACAACUAAACAUGGAAUGGGUUGACAGUGUAAAGCAUAUUUUUGAAUACUUCACUGAAAGAACUCCUCGGUCGUAUUUUGAAGAAAGGGAAGCUUCCCUUGUAUGGAAUUACAGACAUGCAGAUGUUGAGUUUGGGAAACUUCAAGCAAGGGACAUGCUCCAACAUCUCUGCACAGGUCCAAUUUCAAAUGCAUCAGUUGAAGUUGUUCAAGGGAGCCGAUCAGUUGAGGUGCGAGCUGCUGGUGUUACAAAGGGAGCAGCCAUUGACCGCAUCCUGGGGGAGAUUGUUCACAGUAAAUCGAUGACUACACCAAUAGAUUAUGUUCUAUGUAUAGGACAUUUUCUGGCAAAGCAGGACGAAGAUAUAUAUGACUUUUUUGAGCCAGAGCCUUCUUCUUUUGGUGCAAGUCUUCAGCGAAGCAAGUUAUCAGAUGCAGCUAAGUUUCCCAAUGAGAAGGUAUCACCUAUGAAGAUCCCAUCAAUUAAAAAUGGAUUCAAGUCAGCAAAUCAAAGCAAGGGACAGCGACCUAUCUCAAAUUCAGAGAAGAAAACAGCAAAUAAUGUCAACCGCACGGUGCGGAAGUGUAAAUCACCUUUGCCAGAAAAGAUCUCUUGGAAUGUCCUUGACCUCAAGAAGGAGAAUUACUUCUCGUGUGCUGUUGGAAGAACUCAAACAAAUGCUCGAUUUACACUUCCAUCGUCUGACGAGGUUGCUGAAUUUCUGAAGAAACUUGCGCAUGCAUCUUCUCGUAAUUACUGAGAUUUUGAGUUAUAUGAUUACUUGCUUUUGCAACUAAUUUGAUUCAUCUUAGCAAUGCUGCUUCCUCAGGUUGAAAGAUAAAUAAUUUAGCAAGUUCUAGUCUCAGCAAUUUCUUGUAAUAUAGUCAUUUGGUAUAUUUCUCUAACCAAUAAUUUCAUAAUUACUUAAUGUCAUCGACAAGUAGUUUUUGAUGGUUUUGUAAGGAAAAAAUAGCAGUUUUCGAUGGUUAAUGUAAACAAAAAGAAAAAAUUGUUUUCGAUGGUUUUUU